CGCAAGAUAACUGAUAACAGGGGUAUCAAUCCACGAUUAUCAGGCCGCCUGGAGACUCGUCAAGAAUGAUUGGCCGAAAAUGGCAUAUCACGCUUGCUCUUCGCCACAGUCUGUUGAUAUCCGAUGUAACUAUCUCGCUUUUCUGCAUGAAUCCUGUUCCUGGCGGAAUGCGUGUGAUAUCGGUGUCUGCCGUACACCUGCCGCGGGUACAUGCGGCUCAGGGUAAGUGAAGCGGAGAGCUUGUCGAACGGAGCGAGGAGCUAUCACCACUUUUGCAGGCAUGGAGAAGCGAGGUAUAAAGCUCGUCCUGGACCACCACUACUACUUCCGUGUCUCCCAAGUCAGACAACAUGAGAUUCGCCAAAGGAAACCUUGUGGCGUCCGCCCUGGCCGCUUUGCCAAUGGCGAAAGCCCUCAGCCCCGAAGCCAUGCUCGCCGCCCCCAGGCGUAGUGAUAUGACACCAAGUCCGUCUGGUGAGAUCGGGGUCUUCACCUCGACAACAUAUUCUUGGGAUUCUCACGAAGCUUCAACUGUAUGGAAUGUCAUGAACUUGACCAGCGGAAAAGUCUCGUUGCUGUACAAUGGGUCCGACAUUAGCGAGAUUGUUUUCGUUGGACCAAAACCGACAAGCAUACUUUAUAUCAACGGCACCAACGAGGAAGAAGACGGCGGUAUCAGCAUAUAUGCAGGCGAUGUGAAUGCGAUCGAUCAGGCCUACCUCAUCAUAUCUCUUCCAGCUCCAUAUUCAGGGCUGAAGGCAACCGUUACCCCUUCCGGAGACGUCAACUUUCUAGUCAACUGCCUAGCAUGGCCUAAUGGCACAGCUUACAACGAAGCUCUGGCCGAAGAGCCCCUUAGCACAGCACGGAUUUACGACAGCAUCUACGUACGACAUUGGGACGUUUACCUAUCCGAGCGAAAGUAUGCGGUCUUCGCUGGGACUUUUCAGACAGCAGGAAACAAGUAUAGCUUCCCUGGAAAUCUGACCAAUCUGGUGACUGGCGUCUACAAUGUCACCCGUGCUGAGAGCCCGGUCCAGCCAUUUGGGGACUCCGGGGAUUACGACAUCAGUCCAGAUGGGAGUACGGUUGUCUUCUUGACCAAGAACAUUGACCUGCCACUGGCAAACUACACUUCUUCGCAGAUUUACAUGGUUCCACAUGACGGCUCUGCUAAGGCUGUCCCGAUCAACGGGUUCUCCGGCCCUUCGACUCCUCUCGAUGCUAAGGGUGCUUCAGCCAGACCUACUUUCUCUCCAGAUGGUUCCAAGAUUGGAUACUUUCAGAUGGAUGGUAUAUCCUACGAAUCCGACAGAAACAAGAUCUACGUCGCCAAUGUCGAUUACUCGAACUUCAACAUCACGGUGCUCGCAGAGGACUGGGACAGUACGCCGGACCAACUGCGGUGGGCCUUGGACGGCUCUUCGUUGUUCGUCGCAGCCCCCGAUCGGGGCAAUGAGCGCAUCUUCGAAGUACCAUUGAGCGCUCAGGCUGAUUUUAAGCCCAAGAACAUCACGUACCAGGGUGUUCCCGCUUCGUACAGAGUGCUGCCUGACGGUAAUCUCCUGAUAUCUGACUCGAAGAUCUGGUCUCCUCGAGACUUCUACAUCAUCUCCCCAACUGGUCAAGUCGUCACGGAUCUGUUCCAUGCAAACCAAGUCGACCCUGAGUUGGCAGGAUAUGGCCCCGACGAUAUGUCCGAAUUCUACUUCGAUGGUAGCUUCACAAAAAUCCAGAGUUGGCUCGUAUACCCCGAGGGGUUUGACUCUAGCAAGAAGUAUCCUCUUGCAUUCCUUGUACAUGGCGGGCCUCAAGGCGGUUGGUACAAUUCAUGGAGCACUAGAUGGAACUAUAAAGUUUGGGCAGACCAAGGUUAUGUGGUUGUCGCACCGAACCCAACAGGAUCGACUGGCUGGGGCAUGGCUUUACAAGACGCCAUCCAAAACAAUUGGGGCAGCUAUCCGUACGAAGACCUUGUUGCUUGCUGGGAAUACGUCAACAGCACAUUCGACUACAUCGACACGGAGCAUGGCAUCGAAGCGGGCGCUUCAUAUGGCGGCUACAUGACCAACUGGAUUCAAGGUCAUGACUUGGGAAGAAAAUUCAAAGCGCUUGUCACCCAUGACGGCGUAACGAGCACACUUUCCAACUACGCGAGCGAAGAGCUGUGGUUCAUUGAGCACGACAACAAUGGAACCCUGUGGGAUAACCGAGACAACUAUGAGCGUUGGAACCCGAUCAAUUUUAUACACAAUUGGGCGACACCCCACUUCGUGGUGCACAGUGACCUGGAUUACAGGUUACCUGUCUCCGAGGGGAUCAUGCUCUUCAAUAUCCUGCAGGAGAGAGGCGUGCCCAGCAAAUUCUUGAACUUUCCUGACGAAAAUCAUUGGAUCACGAACCGGGAAAACAGCAUUGUGUGGCACACCGAGAUUUUCAACUGGAUCAACCAUUAUUCGGGCAUCAGUGGUUGAUCGGGAUUGGCAUUGGGCGCUGUUGGCGGGUGAAACUCCAAAGGAAGAGGACGUGAUCGAGCUACAGACUCGGUGACUCCCCAAGAAACAAUAUUAUUCUCGGCGCUCUCAUGGCAGCCCAUGGCGCCGUUAGGACAAUAAAUCAUGUACAUUGAA